UAUAAUAUCGAGAUAGUGUGAACUGUGAAGACGCGUCUGGUGAAUUGUAUUGUAAUUCUUAAUAAUAAUAUAACUGUUAUAACAUAUUAUAUUUGUGUUCCAUUCCAUCAACUAGUCUCUCAUUCGUUGGUUUGUUCAAUUUCUGAAAUAGAUCGAAGAAGAGUAAUUCUAAUUGCUAAAUCAAGUUUUAUUUUGAAUUGAAGGCCUAAACUAUUAUAUGAUGGUCUACAUUGGGGAAUCUUUUAAUAUAUAUAUUGUCUGAAAAUUGAGAAAUCUCCCAGUUUCUUACAUUUUAAUUCUAUAUUCUAAGAUAAAAUGAACAUAACUAUCGAAAAAAAAAGAAUGGAUUGCUCUGCUUUGCCUAAAGGAUGGCAAAGAGAAGAAGUCAUAAGAAAAAGCGGACUAUCCGCUGGAAAAGUUGACGUUUAUUAUUACAGCCCAACAGGUAAAAAGUUUCGCAGUAAAGCAGAGCUAGUUCGUUAUCUGGGUGAUAGUAUGGACCUAUCAUGUUUCGACUUUCAGCAGGGUCAAAUUAACACCAUGCUGCUGUGCAAGGCCAAGAAAGCUCGUGCGCAGUUCGAUUACAGGGGUGUACGAUCUGAUGCCUCGUUAGUUCCUCCUAUACGACAAACAGCUUCAAUUUUCAAGCAACCAGUCACCGUCUACAAAACUCAAGAAAGUAAAGUUAAAACAGAUUUAAAGCAUGGUAACCAAGAGAAACCAAAGCAACUAUUUUGGGAAAAACGUCUCGAGGGUUUGACAGCUUGUGAUGCAAAUGGCGUUAUUGGAACCACUACGUUACCAAGAUACAUAAAACCUUUAGGACCCUACACAUCAGAUUCUACCACAAUCCAAUCUCUUGCUACAGCAUUGCAUGUUUCUUCACAACCCAUAACAGGGCAGACUGGAUCAAAACAAACCAUUCUGGAAAACCCAGGCGUUUUUUUAAAUCCUGAGCAGCCAUUGAUUGCGGCUGUUACAAUAACAAAAGAGGAUGUAAAAAGACAAGAAGAAAGAGUAAAGCGGGCUCGCUUGAGGCUUAAAGAGGCUUUAGUGACUGCAUAGGGUCCAGCCGGUGGCGGGGAUACCCCCGUUACCGACUUAGCAGACCCUUUAGACAUGGUCCUACCAGAUUCAACAGAAGAAUCUCCUAAAGCAACUGUCUCUGAAUGUGUCCCAGAUAGCACAGAAUCUAAUAUAUAGAACCUAACUCCUAUGAUUUUCAUCAUAGGACAAGUCUAAGUACUUUUAUAUACUUUUAAGUUUUUUAGCCUAUGUGUAGUCUUUUAUGUGAAAAGUUAUCACAAUUUUUUUUAGUCGAGUCAUCCACAAAUUUAAAAUUGAUGUAUAAGAUUUUUUUAAAUAUUUAUAGAUGUAUAAGACAACUUUGUAAAAUAAAUUAAAUGUAAUUAAAACACUUGUAGUUUGGGAUGUUUUUUUAAUGUGCAUAUUAUAGCCUAUUAAUGCUGCAAUAUAUCUAAGUUUUUAAUAACAAUUGUUUCUCAUUAUCUUAAAGACUGAAAGGCAGCAUACAUAAAUUUCACAACCAUCAACAAUAAAAUGUACUUUACAUUCACUAUAAAAAGUGGCAAUUUUGCAAGUUACC